GCCUGUGUUUACAGACAUCCGGAGAAUCAUGGAGGACAGUGCAGGCAGUAAUCCUCAGUCUGUGGGGCUGACUGAGAAAUUCAAGUCGUGGCUCUCCUGGUCGUGGACCUACGUGUGCUUCAUCUGGCUCGGCAUGGUGCUCAUCAUGGUCUACGUGCUGUGGAGUCCGCUCAAGCUGCAGGAGACGCUCGCCUCAGCAUCAGUGUUUUUAAACACUCUCACCCCCAAGUUCUACGUGGCUCUCACUGGAACCUCCUCCCUCAUCUCUGGACUCAUCCUUAUAUUUGAGUGGUGGUACUUUCGUAAAUAUGGGACCUCGUUCAUUGAACAAGUGUCCGUGAGCCACCUGCGUCCUCUCCUGGGGGGAGUGGAGAGCACCUCCACCACCGGCCUGUUCUCAUCAGUUAAUGGAGAAGCAGAGCCAAGACCCAGUGUUUCAGAGUGUAAGGUCUGGAGGAACCCUCUGAAUCUGUUCAGAGGAGCAGAAUACAACAGGUACACCUGGGUAACAGGGAAGGAACCCUUAACGUACUAUGAUAUGAACCUGUCUGCGCAAGACCAUCAGACCUUCUUCACAGGAGACACUCAGCAGUUACGGACGGAAGACGCCGUGAUGCAGAAAGCCUGGAGGGAGAGAAAUCCUCAAGCCAGGAUCAGAGCAGCUUACCAGGCCAUAGAGAUGAACCAUGAAUGUGCUGCUGCCUACGUGCUCCUAGCAGAGGAGGAAGCCACGACUAUCACAGAAGCUGAGCGCCUCUUUAAAAAAGCAUUAAGUAUUGCUGGAAAAGAUAUCAACUUACUGGUGUACAUUAAACGCAGACUGGCAAUGUGUGCACGUAAACUGGGGCGGAUUAAAGAAGCAGUGAAAAUGAUGAGAGAUUUAAUGAAGGAGUUCCCGCUGUUGGGAAUGUUAAAUAUUCACGAAAACCUCUUGGAGGCGCUACUAGAGCUUCAAGCAUACGCUGAUGUCCAAGCAGUCCUCGCCAAAUACGAUGACAUCAGCUUGCCAAAAUCAGCCACUAUAUGUUACACAUCUGCACUGUUGAAAGCACGGGCUGUGUCUGAUAAGUUCUCUCCAGAGGCAGCGUCCAGGCGGGGACUGAGCACAGCAGAGAUGAACGCUGUGGAGGCCAUACACAGAGCUGUUGAGUUCAAUCCACACGUGCCAAAGUACUUAUUAGAGAUGAAGAGUCUGAUCCUGCCUCCAGAGCACAUCUUGAAGAGAGGGGACAGUGAGGCAGUGGCAUACGCCUUCUUUCACCUGCAGCACUGGAAGAGGGCGGAGGGAGCCUUAAACCUACUACACUGCACCUGGGAGGGCACCUUCCGGAUAAUUCCGUACCCGCUGGAGAAGGGUCACCUGUUUUACCCUUACCCAGGAUGCACAGAAACAGCAGAUAGGGAACUAUUGCCCUUUCUUCAGCACACUCUUUGCACCCCUGGGUUUCUUCGCAGACAAGAUGGAAAGCUUCAUGCCGUCCAGUUUUUGGCACCAGCUGACUCGGAUCUGACCCCAUCUCAGACACACACACACAUACACAGACACACAGACACACACAAACACACAGACGCAAAGAGAUACACUUAUACACACCAUUAUCACUCCCAACACAAACACACACACACACACAACACACACAUAUAUACACCAAUACCACUCCAAACCCUCAGAGAAAAAGUGUUUGCUCUCCUGUCUUCAGCAUUACUGUCCACUUGCUGCACUGUUACUGAUUAUGUUGGCUGAGGUUGUAUAAACACCGCAAAACCACUCUUAAGAUGCUCUCCCACAUUGUCCCAGCAUUCAGAGUUUUUCCAAGAACACAUUUAAAGGGUCCCAUUUCCAACGUUUUCUCAGGGACAUUCAUUCGUCAGCGUGUUACAACGGGGCAAUUACAAAUUUUUGGGAUAUCUCCCAUAGCCUGAUUUUGAUCUUUGUACAAAUCCUCCUAGGUCAAAGGCAAAAACUAAAUCAUGACCAAACUGAAACGGCUGUUUUCUGGUACGUGGGGUAUUUGGUCUUGGGAACCUUUGUGUCCUAUACCGGCCCUCUGUGGCCCGCAGACUUCCAGCUGGGCAGAUAAGAAAAAGUCUGCGAGAGCUCGUAAAACAGAGCUGUGAUUUACAGCCUCCGAGUGGCUGCAGUGUAUACAACACCUCGGCAGUUCAACAGUUGUUACCAUGGCAUGACACCUCAGCACUAUAUCACUGGGCAACCGCCGCCCCCGCAACAUGGAAACUGAACUGGAAUCAGCUCUUUUUUGCGGCCGCUCAUGGCAUCUCUCCUUUUCUUUGAUUGCCCUAACAAUUGUCGUGAGUAAGCGUGUUAGUCAACUAACAAAAAAUGACAAAGGCACACAGCACAACCACUGGAACAACUAGCUGUAAUACAUGCAGGAGAAUUGCAAUAAUUCUGAAUAUAUUGUAUUGAGUUCUUCAGUUAGGGUCAUCAUAACUCACUCAGUAUAUAUUCAAUGAGCCGAUUGCAUUUAGAGAUAGUGAGUCAAAUAACCAGACAUCAACAUAUUGUACAAACUGAGUCAUUUUACCUGAUGAGUACAAAAUGGCAUUUGUUGAUUAUGUCGCUUCCAGUUCCGAAGUAAGUAAAUACGCUGCGGUACCAGAACCACCUUUCUGUAAAGUAUCAUGUAAAAACUAUCUGAACACAUCACACAGAAACAAAUGUGUGUAAAACUGUGAUAAAACCUUUUGGUCUAAUAUCCUGUACAUCAGUGUUCUCUACCUCAGAGAUAGUAAUGUUGUGAUGUCACAUGAUCCCAACACUUGAUAAUUGUUGUUUAUUAUUUAUGAUGCAUCAACAGGUUUCAUUACAUUUGAACCUUCGGUCAUGUUUGUUUUACUUAGUCGAAUUGUGUGACUAGAUAGUUAUUACAUUAUAGGAAGCGAAAGUCUCUUACAGCAACGGCUUCGGUGUGAAAUGUGAGUUACAUCAUUCUGGCAACUCUUCACCCCACAUGUGAUUACACAGAAAUGUGAUGAUAAAGUGCCUUUUUUUUAAGUACAUCACUAAAACCAACAUUGAUUUCAAGUUUAGCUGCGACUCGUUUCAAUUUUAAUGAACCAGAUUUGAUCAACAGAUUCCUUCAAAAAGCUGUAAAUUCAUUCAGUGUCCAGUGAGGAGCGUCUAUAGAUUUACCAGCCAGGUAACAAUGGCAAAUAUGCAGUACAUGCACAUGAUGUAAUGGCACAUGCAUGUGUGUCAUUGUGUUGCAAAUUGUUGGAGUUGAAGACACUGACAAACAUGUGAAAUGUACGGACACAUGCUGAAGACAGGAGAAUGUUUGAAGCUGUUACUAUCCCUGGAUGAGUUUGAAGGUAAAACUCACAAUAAAUUACUGUUUCAGUGCAACUUU